UUGAGGAGUCUUGAAUUGAGAAGCAUAUCACUUUCAGAAGAUAAGCCUUCAUAUCUCUCUCUGCGUAAUGUGACCCUUUACCCAAUUAGUUAAGCAAAUAACAUCUUACUUCAGAACCCACCAUCCCUUAAGGGCCCCAACCCACAAGAAAUACAUUUAGGGCUAAAGGCUAAAAGCACUUGAUUGGUGCAAGAUGUUCAAUGUCCAGGCAUUUUUUCGCUUUCCUUUUGUCUUAUUUUGUAGCAUUUGCUUAGGUUUUAUCGAUCCCCUAACAAUAAACUGCCCAUGCUAUUUAUUAGAUUAGUUAGCAAAGCAAAAAAAAUAUAUAAGCAAUCUAAUCAAAUUAGGUUUCCCUGAGUAGUUAUUUAAUGGGACUUGUACGGGGUAGAGUUGGAUUUGAUUGCUUAAGGUUGAUCUCAUAUUUACUCUUUUUCAUUCAAACUAAAUCUUAUUUGAUCUUGGUGAAUAUUUGAAUAGGAGUUAAAAUUAUUUUAUAGUUUGGUUUAUCGUAAAAUAGAUGAAUUAUUUCUUAGUGAAUUUUUCAAAUCUUCUUAUCUAGCAUAUCUUCCAUAUUAUGAAUUGAAGUAUAUCUUACUCUUAGGCAUAGUUGUUUCUUAUCAUGUACUGAAGCACAGUAGAUAGUGGCUGGCAUCUACAAUUCACAGGAACUGUUAAGAGAAACAGUAUAACAUGAGGGGUUGACUGUUUCAGAUAACAAUACAUCAAGUGUCCUUAACUUCUCCGCUCAGGAAAACAUGCAACAAAGUAGAAAAAAACACUUUUCAAAAGUACUUCCAAAUCCUUAAACAAGACAUUUGGCACCCAACUCAUCGUUUAGUGGCUCGUCUUUGUACACCAUCUGUAGUGUUAAACACAUCUAGCCAAUACCCCAUUAUUUUUUUCAUUCAUCGAACAUAAUUAUCAAUUAACUGGACACUUUUCCUUCAUAUUUAUCACCAUAAUUUUUAACAAUAAUCGAAUUUCUUUCCUUUUGGUUUGGAAUGGUAUUUUCUGGAGUGAUAGAUCGUUUUUGUUUAUGAAAGAAUGUGUUUUUAGUAAUCUGUGAAACCAGCCUAAGCUUUUCUUUUGGUUGGUAAUGGGGUGGAUUGCUGCUUUGUUGGGGAAACAUGGCAGAAGGUUUAUCAAACGCAAGGACAGUGAUGCAGGAGACACAGGUCGAGCAUUGGAAGAACUCAGAGGUUCUAUGUACAAUGACCUUCGAUCUGCAGAAGGAGCCAAGCGCCAACAGCAAAGAUUGUGUGGACCAGUUGUGGCAAUGACCUUUAAUUUCCUGGUUUCUGUUGGAAUUAUCUUGACAAACAAGUUUGUGAUGGGGAAGGUUGGAUUUAACUUCCCAAUCUUUCUUACCUUAAUUCACUACACUGUCGCGUGGAUACUACUUGCCAUUUUCAAGGCCUCUUCACUGCUUCCAGUCUCCCCUGCCUCCAAAACUACUCCCUUCUCAUCUCUAUUUACUCUUGGUGUUGUCAUGUCUUUUGCCACUGGCCUUGCAAAUACUAGCCUAAAGCAUAAUAGUGUUGGUUUCUACCAGAUGACUAAAAUUGCAGUCACUCCCACUAUUGCUGUGUCUGAGUUCAUCUUGUUUCGCAAAACCAUUUCUUAUCAGAUGAUUUUGGCUCUAUUUGUUGUCUCAGCUGGUGUGGCAGUGGCAACUGUAACAGAUUUAGAGUUCAAUCUGUUUGGUGCUGUUAUUUCAAUAGCAUGGAUUAUCCCGAGUGCUGUAAAUAAAAUCCUGUGGUCUAAGCUGCAAAAGGAUGGCAACUGGACUGCCCUAGCGUUGAUGUGGAAGACAACUCCCAUCACAGUUUUCUUCUUAGUGGCUCUGAUGCCAUGGUUGGAUCCUCCAGGAGUGUUGUCGUUUAACUGGGAUCUUAACAACUCUUCUGCAAUUCUAAUAUCAGCUCUCCUUGGUUUUCUCCUACAAUGGUCUGGUGCUUUGGCACUUGGGGCAACUUCUGCAAUAGCUCAUGUUGUUUUGGGACAGUUCAAAACCUGUGUAAUUAUGCUUGGAGGCUAUUUUCUGCUCAACUCAGAUUCUGGUUUUGUGAGCAUUUGUGGAGCUGUUACAUCUGUGUGUGGAAUGGGAGUUUACACAUCACUUAGUUUGAAAGAGUCUCAGAAAAGUUCAGAAAACCAGCUUCCGAAGCAAAUCGUAGCCACACAAAAACCAAAAACCAAUACUAAAGAAGGAAUCGAGUCGAACGAAACCAGUGUCGCAACUGUUUGAUUUUAGAGUUGACAAAGCUCUUCAACUCGAGAGAUUCUAACAGGAUGCACUUUUUAUACUCGGUAUAGGAAAUUUGAUUCUAGUGAGCAAUUGCUUAACCAAAAUUAUUUGCUUGUGUAACGAUGCUCCCAUCAUCCAACUUGCUUGAGAUCUACAUUGGCAUGGUUUUGUACAAAUAAAAAUCCCUAAUGAUUAAUAUUGACAUUUCUUGAA